AGCGGGGCCGAGCGGGGCCGAGGGGAGCCGAGGGGAGCCGAGCGGGGCCGAGGGGAGCCGAGGGCAGCCGAGGGCAGCCGCGGCCCCGGCGGGGCGCUGCAGGGGCGAUGGCGGCGGGCGGCGCGCUGUGCGGCUCCGCGGGUCUCGGGGACUGGAAUCAGACAUGGUAUACGAACACCUGGUGCUUUGAGAGUACAGUCAUUGCUUGGAUCCCCUGUGCCUAUCUUUGGAUCUGCUUUCCUUUCUACUACUUGUAUCUUCGACACAAAAGCAAAGGCUAUAUCAGGAUGUCCCACAUCUUCAAAACCAAAAUGGUCCUUGGAUUCCUCCUGGUAAUACUGUGUUUUUCUAAUGUCUUCUUCGUACUGUGGGAGAUAACCCAAGGAAUCCCACGGGCUCCAGCAUUCUUCAUUAGUCCCACUGUAGUGGGAAUCACAAUGAUCCUUGCCAUAUUUCUUACCCAAGCAGAAAGAAUGGCGGGCAUCCAGUCUUCAGGCAUCCUGUUGAUUUACUGGCUGCUCUCAGUGCUGGCUGCAGUUGUGAUGUUUACUUCCAAAGUCCAGCAUGCCCUGGAAAGAGGCUUCCUGGGAGACCGUUUCCGCCACGUUACAACUUACCUUUUCACCAUCCUGGUGCUGGGAGAACUUGUGUUAUUCUGCCUAGUUGAUCACCCUCCCUUCUUCUCUGAAGUUGUCAACAAUCCUAAUCAGUGUCCCGAAGCCAGCAGCAAUUUUCUUUCCAAAAUCACAUACUGGUGGUUCUCUGGGCUUCUCCAGAAAGGCUUUAAACAGUCCUUGGGGGUGGAUGACUUGUGGUCAGUGAGGAAAGAGGACUCCUCUGAAGAAAUUGUUGCCUGGGCUGAAAGAGAAUGGAAAAAAUGUCACAGCAGAACCCAGCAAAAAAUAGAGUCUGCUACAUUUAAAAAGGGUCAGAAGAGUGAAAAUGGCAUAGGAGAAGCUGAAGAGACAGAGCUUCUACUGCAGUCGGAGCACAGUCGGAGCAGACCCUUACUGAAAACAUUUUGGAGUAUGUUUGGAACCUACUUCCUUCUCGGCACUGUCUGCUUAGUCAUCUGCGAUGUCUUCUUGUUCUCUGUUCCAAAGGUACUGAGCCUUUUCCUGGAGUUCAUUGAAGAUCAAGAAGCGCCUAGCUGGCAUGGUUAUUUCUAUGCCUUCACCAUGUUCCUUUUGGCUUGUCUCCAGACUCUGUUUGAACAACGAUAUAUGUACAUGUGUCUUGUUCUGGGGUUGAGACUGAAAACUGCUGUAACAGGGCUUGUGUACAGGAAGAUCCUAGUUAUGUCAAAUGCAUCAAGGAAAGUAACAAAUGUAGGUGAAAUUGUUAAUCUGGUAUCUGUUGAUGUCCAGAAGCUAAUGGACCUGAUUAUCUACUUUAAUGGAACCUGGCUUGCUCCUAUUCGAAUUAUCAUCUGCUUUGUCUUCUUGUGGCAGCUUCUUGGGCCAUCUGCCUUGACCUCGAUUGCUGUAUUCUUUUUUCUUUUGCCUCUGAAUUUCAUGAUCACCAAGAAGAGGAGUCAGUUUCAGGAAACCCAGAUGAAACAUAAAGAUGAGUGGGCCAAACUCACCAAUGCCAUUCUCAGCGAUAUUAAAGUAAUCAAAGCGUAUGGCUGGGAGAAAACCUUCAUGGAGAAAGUACUUGGUAUCCGGAAGCAAGAACUUCAGGCCCUAAAAAGAUCUCAGAUUCUCUUCUCAGCAUCACUAGCUUCUUUCCAUUCAUCAACUUUCCUGAUUGCAUUUGUCAUGUUUGCUGCCUACACCCUGGUGGAUAACACGCACGUCCUGGAUGCUCAGAAGGCCUUUGUAUCUUUAACACUGAUCAACAUCCUCAACACUGCCCACUCCUUCCUGCCAUUCUCCAUAAAUGCUGCUGUCCAGGCCAAAGUUUCUUUAAACCGCUUGGCAGCUUUUCUGAAUCUGGAAGAACUGAAUCCUGAGAGCUCAAGCAGAAAUACUUCUGACUGUGUACCGGCAAGUAUCACCAUAAGAAAUGGGACUUUCUGCUGGGGCAAAGAAAGUUCUCCUUGUCUUAGAAGCGUAGAUCUUACUGUGCCCCAAGGCUCCUUGGUUGCUGUAGUUGGCCAGGUGGGUGCUGGAAAGUCCUCCUUGCUGUCAGCAUUACUUGGUGAGCUGGAGAAGACAGAUGGCUGUGUGACCAUGAAGGGCACCACAGCUUAUGUCCCCCAGCAAGCUUGGAUACAAAACGCUUCAGUAGAAGAUAAUAUUCUCUUUGGGAAAGAGAUGGAUGAAACAUGGUUCAACAGAGUGAUAGAUGCUUGUGCACUGCAGCUGGACUUGGAGAACUUCCCUGCAGGGCAGAAGAGUGAAAUAGGAGAGAAGGGACUAAAUAUAUCUGGAGGGCAGAAGCAAAGAGUGAACCUUGCUCGUGCUGUGUACCAGAAUGCUUCUAUGUACCUACUCGAUGACCCCCUCUCAGCUGUUGAUGCCCACGUUGCACAGCACAUUUUUGAACAUGUUCUUGGACCCAAUGGCUUACUGAAGGACAAGACUCGCUUGUUGGUGACACACACGAUCAACAUUUUGCCUCAAGUGGACAACAUUGUUUUUCUGGUGGAUGGAACGAUCUCUGAAAUUGGUUCCUACCAAGAACUUUUACAGAGAAAUGGGGGCUUUGCAGAAUUUCUUCAUUCACACAUUCCUGCAGAAGAGAAAAAUGGUUUUCCAGCUAUAGGAGACACCAAAGGCACCAUCAGCUCUAGAAGUGGUCAUUCACAGGAGAGGCUCUUUAGUGACAGUUCAGCCAAAUCUUCUGCUGUGGGAAGGGAGACCAUUCCUCUAAGUCAAGACUGUACUGCUGCCUCAGCCACCAAAGGAAGAUUAACAAAGGGAGAGAAAACUCAGCAUGGCAGGGUUAAUGUUUCGAUUUAUGCAGCCUACCUGAAGGCGACAGGCUUACCACUAUGUGUGUACAUCAUUCUGUUGUUCACCUGUCAGCAAGCUGUGUCAUUUUUUCGUGGUUACUGGCUCAGCAUCUGGACAGAUGACCCUGUCCACAACGGAACACAACAGCACACAGAGCUGAGAGUUGGAGUCUUUGGUGCGCUAGGAGUCGUUCAAGCCCUGGUCAGAUUUGCCUCCGUAGCAGCAGUGCUUCUAGGUGGCGUGUUAGCAUCACACAAGCUGUUUCUGCAGCUGCUGAGGAACGUGGCUAGAUCCCCAAUGGUCUUCUUUGAGCAAACACCCAUUGGAAACUUGCUGAACCGCUUCUCCAGAGAAAUGGAUGCCAUUGAUUCUGUCAUCCCUGACAAGCUCAAGUCCCUGCUGGGAUUCUUGUUCAACUUGCUGGAGAUCUACCUUGUGAUUACAGUGGCUACACCAAUGGCGGCAAUAGCCAUAGUGCCCUUAACUGUUCUUUACGCUGUAUUCCAGCAUUUCUACGUCAUCACGUCCUGCCAGCUGAGGCGCAUAGAGGCUGCCAGCAGGUCACCCAUCUACUCACACAUUUCAGAAACUUUCCAAGGGAGAAGCGUGAUCCGUGCUUACAAAGGCCAAGAGAGGUUUAUUUUGAAGACCAAUUUUCUAGUGGAUGAGAAUCAGCGAAUAUCCUUCCCGGGAGCAGUUGCUGACAGGUGGCUUGCUGCAAACCUGGAGUUUCUAGGCAAUGGCAUUGUGUUGUUUGCAGCACUGUUUGCAGCAGUGGGCAGAACGUAUCUCAGUCCAGGAACCGCUGGCUUCUCCAUUUCACAUGCUCUUCAGAUAACUGGUGUUCUGAACUGGAUGGUGCGCUCCUGGACGGAAAUAGAGAACAACAUCGUUUCUGUGGAGAGAGUGAGAGAAUACUCGAGGACUCCUAAGGAGGCACCCUGGACUCUGAAUGGCAAACUUCAAGAUCAAGUUUGGCCCACGGAAGGAAGAAUUGAAUUUAGGAACUACAGUUUGCGAUACAGGCCAAAUUUGGAGUUAGCACUGAAGCAGAUCAACCUAUCCAUCAAUGGGCAAGAGAAGAUUGGCAUUACCGGAAGGACAGGAGCUGGGAAAUCUACUCUUGCUGUGGGAUUGCUGCGAUUAGUGGAAGCUGCGGAAGGAGCAAUCCUAAUUGAUGGACUAGAUAUUGCUCAACUAGGUCUCCAUGACCUUAGAACCAAGAUAACUGUCAUUCCCCAGGAUCCAGUUUUGUUUUCUGGCUCUCUAAGAAUGAAUCUCGACCCAUUAAACCAAUACACUGAUGCAGACAUCUGGACAGCUUUGGAACUGACCCAGCUCAAGGACUUUGUGGCAGAUUUACCAGAUCAGUUGGAAUAUCAGUGCACUGACCAAGGGGAAAACCUCAGCACUGGUCAGAAACAGCUGGUUUGUCUGGCCAGAGCACUUCUUCGGAAAGCCAAAAUCCUCAUUCUAGAUGAGGCCACAGCAGCAGUAGAUGUAGAAACUGAUCUCCAGAUUCAGUCCACACUGAGGACUCAGUUCAAAGACAGCACAGUGUUAACAAUAGCUCACCGGAUAAACACCGUCAUGGACUGCGACAGAAUUUUAGUCUUGGAAAACGGUCGGAUAGCUGAAUUUGAUACUCUGGAACACUUAAGAGCUCAGAAGGGACUGUUCUACAGACUGAUGGAAGAAUCAGGCCUUGCAUGACUCACUCGCAGAGUACACCAUAAUGCCACCGCUAUCAGGAAUAAUUGAUCUCGUAAUUGAGUUACCUUGGUUUCACUCUACAAUGACUGGCACUCAACAAAAUCUUCUUUGAGUUACAACUGCAGUGAGUAGAUGAAAAGGGAUGACUUGUGAUACCCGUUAUUUCUGUAGGAAACUUAACAAUUCCAUUUCAAUUAUGUUUCCAGAUACCAAAACUUCACUUGUUGAAAAUGAGCCAGAACUUGGCAAAACAAAAGCAAACAACAAAAAAGACCACAAUAUUUCUGAUUUAUACUAUAAAUGGAUAGCAAAUAUACUGCCAUACUAAAGCUUACCCAGAUUAUUUUUAAAAGCCUACAAAAUUUCAUGGAUAGCAAACAAGAGUUUAACUGGUGUCGUGCAAACUGUUUACAGCUUGUCCUAAGUUCCAAGCAGAACAAAUUUAGUCUUUUGUAGUGUCUUAAGGACUGCUUGCCUGAGCAUUGUUCUUGCACAGACAGAGUGAGCUCCAAGGCAGUGGCUGGAUCGAGUCACCCCAAGUGCAAAACCACUGGGGGAGCAGGGAGAGGAAGGGGGAUGCCACCGAGCACAAAGGCGUAGAGCAGCCUGCGGGCUGCCUGCUGUCACAGCCGGGGAUGAGACCCACUCCGUCUCUUUCCCCGUCAGCUUUGGAGGGGCCCCGAGUGACUCGUGCUGUACAGAGGGCAGACAGCGCCUAACCACAGGCUCGCUGACACGGGAGAGAGUCACUCGGCUGGGAGUGGGCAGCAGAACAUCAUUCCUUCCGCUUGAAGGCCUGGAACAGCUCUGCUGCCAAAUGCCAGUUGGUCACAGUGGAGCAUGUCCAAAUGCCAACACCAAUAUUUCUGAAUUUAAUAUGGCCACAAGACAUUCCUACAGUGGAAAGUGCCUUUCCCAAUCCCUACAGCGCGGCAGUCCAACAGAUGGGGAAAACAGCAGGAACUUGCCUGUCGACCUGGUUCAUUUCUGGUUUUCUUCUUGAGUGCAAGUAGACCUCCUGCACGUGCCAUCCCGGCACUGCAGAGCCUCUGGCAUGGUCAUCUUUCAGGUGUUACUUUAACAGACUGAAGUGGCAGCUGAAAGCAAAGCCUUUCUGGGUUUCCUGCAGUGCUGAGGAGCUGCAGUCAGAGCUGUCCCCAAGUCUCUCCUCAGGAAUCACAAGAAGACAAUGUGACAGACAAAUCACACUGUGAGACACUGCUGUUUACUCUGACAUUUGUUAAAGUACCUCAUUUUCUAGAAAGCUAAAAUAAAAAUAGAAUCAAGCCUUGAAACGGGUCUCUUCAGUAAGCUGAAGUACAUACAGUAUUAAAAAAAUAACGGGGGAGGGGAUGGGACAGUUCAAACUGGUAAAGAGUCAAAGCAGGCCAGCAAAACCCUGCUGUUUCUUCUCUAACAGCUGUUCAGUAGCCUCUUCCCCUGUGUUAAGGGCAGUUCCUUCUAGACAAGUGCCCAAGAUAUCAAAGGCCAAUGCCUGCUGCCAUUCUGAUGCUCAGAUAUCAGGAGAGGCAUUUUUUUUCCCCUCUUUCUCCGGACCUUACUCAAGGGCCAAGACAAAAAAAAUUCAAACAGAUACAAGUUAUGAGCAUUCCGAAGGUUCAUCCAUGGAUCUCCAAACCAGGAGCAUUUCAAACCAGGAGCAUUUCAAACCAGUAAGGUAUGUUUUCUUUUUAAACUAGCAAAGAGAAACAGGAGUGCCCCUAUUGCUGGGGAAUUCUGAAACUGACAUCUUUUACUGUAUCAUAACUUCUGGUAUAAACAUCUUUUAAAAGCUCACUCUCCAUUCUUAAAUUGGUAAUGAAGAGAGAAAGCAACGGAAGUAGAAGAUAAUCAAAACCUACUUUCACUCUGGUAAUCUUUGAAAGGGCAGAGUUUUGCCAUUGGCUUGCACAACGUAAGAGCAAGCAAAUAUAGCAUCAGCUUUCACAGAUCAAGCUCUGCUGAAAGGGCAAAAGAAAAGGGAUUCCCAAAAUUACAUGUGACAAAACUCCCUGUGCUUCAGACGAGCCACAGCACCCAACUUUUAUUUCCAAGUGGUACAGUGAGUAAAUGACAAAUGGGGAGCUCAAGCCUCAACAGAAAAGGAGAUCUGGCAGUUGGUUAAAGCAAAAUAUAUAAAGGAGUUGUGCUUGGAGAUAUCAUCCUCCUUUGAAAAUCUGGUUUAAGGAACAGAAAGUGGCGUUUAAAAGGACAGGUCUGCUGGGCCAUUGCAAAGAUACUCCUCCCUAGACUAGACUAGUUGAAUUAUGCCAUUAGCAGUAGAGGUAACGACAGCAGGCCUGGAACCAUGCUAACAGCCUAUUGCAUAAGUUGCUCAGAAGAAAUUUUAAAUACUAAGAAACAAACGAGUCUGCUCCAGUACUCUGAUUGUCUAGAGCCGAUUGAGAGGAGCGCCUGGACUUGCCCUGUCUACACUUUAG